CUUAAAAAGCAGGAGGAAAGAAUGAAAAGAAUGCAAAGAAUGGAAAAAACGUCGACGACCUCGCUGCACAUGUAAAGAGAAGCUUCAUCCUGAACACAACAACAACCUAAUUUCCCGACUAGCCAACUCCUCUAAACCAUCCAACCCUUAACAACGGAGUCUGCCAAUAAUAUCUGUAGCACAGCGCUUCAAAGACUACUCCACUGCAACUAAUUACGGAACGGUCCAGCUGGKUCGGCUUGUCAGCAAUACGAUAUGAUGAACGCAUUUGGGUUGGCUCGAACGAGAACAUUGUAUGGCRCGGUAUCUACGACACAGGUCCGACGGACUGGAAAUGUCACGAGAAGAAUAUCGACCGAAACCGCCACCAAUGGCAAAGGCAACAGCAACAACCACCACUUUCCGAUCGCGCGACGGGGGCUUCGCUCGCUGUCCUCGAAACCGGGCAAGCCCAAGCCGAAACCCUCUGUUCCCGGGAACGGGGGCGUGGAACGCACGUGGUACACCUCGGCUGGACGAAAGACCACUUCURRCCUCGACAUGGGCCGAUACGGAUUGAAACGCCUGGACUACGCCGGCAUGACACCGCCGGUAUGGACGGCUCCGCCCCACCCACCGACGAAGACCACGGCGGAACGCGUUGUGUUUCCGCUGACGCUGGCGCUCGUAGCGGGCAUGAUCGUGUGGGUGUACAUGGCCCCCGAAGAGGAGGACAUGGCCGAGUAUUGGAAGCGGGUAGAGAGCGGUCAGAUUUUAUUGGACGACGAUGAUGACUAUGAUGAAGACGACGACGACUAUGAUGACGAGUGAUGCGGCUUUUCAAAUCGUGUUACAUGAUUCUAGACAGUAGUAGGGGUGUGCAAAUGGGUGCAAUGCGUUCAUUUUACAAACGAUUACCCUACCAGCGAUCAUUCGUUGCCAUUGAUGUCCAGCAUGUUUCGAUGAAAGCGAAUGUCUAGAUCUAGGAAUUCAAUCGAUUGAAUGUGCGUAAUACUAAGAUGGUUGUCUUGGUUCAGAUUUUGUGGUAGUUGCUCUCAGCAAUGGGCAACAAUCCAAACUGUGAAAAAGAAUCGGCUCUGCUCCACAAUCCUUGGAAUUGCAGUUGACAACAUAGAUAGCAAAAAGAUUAUUCUUG